AUGUCUAUUAUACUUCGAUUUAGAUCUAAAGAUGGAAUGUUUCGUAUCAACGCUGACACCUCGUCUUCUUUUCAAUCAGUCGUUGAUCAAUUAUUAAACAAAGUCCCCAGUGGAAUCGAUAUUAAUGAUGUCACUAUAUCAGAUAAACCAAACGGCAACAACGAUAGUACCACUAAGCUUGGCUCAUUAGUUGACAAGCAGGUGUCAGAAUUGAACUUGAAAAAUGGAGAUCUAUUAUAUAUAAAUUAUGGUGGCGCUUUAGCUACGCCAUCGGCUUCAACUCAAGGUGGAUCAGCUCCAAUUAACUCAGUUAGGAGUAACUCAACUACUACAACAACGCCAACAUCGACAUCUACAAGUAUUCCAAUAUCUAAGGUCUCAGCGCAUGGUCCAAUAAAUGUUGACCAAUUACCAGUUGACGAUGAACUAGACAAAUUAGACGGAAUGAUUCAACGACCAAUAUCAUCAAUGUGUCGUCAUGGGUCCAAAGGGAUGUGUGAGUAUUGUUCUCCAUUAUCUCCAUGGGAUGAAUCAUAUCGAAAAGAACAUAGUAUUAAGCAUAUUUCCUAUCAUGCUUAUCUCAACCAACAAAUGGCGAAGUUUAAUAAAAAAGAAUUGGCAUCUUCAUAUAUUGCACCAUUGGACAACCCCAAUUAUGCAAUAGAUUUAUCUUGUAACGAAGGUCAUCAACCUUAUCCAAGAGGUAUAUGUUCUAAAUGCCAACCACCGCCCAUCACUUUACAAUUGCAAAAAUUCAGAAUGAUUGAUCAUUUAGAAUACGCUAAUCAUUCGAUUUUAAACGAUUUCAUCAACGUAUGGCGUGUAUCUGGGGUUCAACGAUUUGGUUACUUGUAUGGAAGAUAUGAGAAAUUCGACAAAGUACCCAUGGGUAUUAAAGCAGUAGUUGAAGCUAUUGUUGAACCACCUCAACUGGAUGAAUUGGAUGGGAUUACAUUAUUGGAGUGGCCCGAUGAACAGUUGGUUGAUGAAAUUGCUGCCAAAUUGGGCAUUUAUAAAGUGGGAGUUGUGUUUACGGAUUUAACUGAUCUGGGACAAAAAGAUGGUACUGUAUUAUGCAAGAGACAUAAAGAUAGUUACUUCUUGACCAAUUUGGAAAUACUCAUGGCGGCAAAAUUCCAAAUUGCCAACCCCAACAGGACAAAAUAUAGCAAUACUGGUCAAUUUUCAUCGAAGUUUGUCACUUGUGUCAUAUCCGGUGGAUUACAAGGUGAAAUCGAACCCAGGUCAUAUCAAGUUAGUACCAGUGGUGAAGCUUUAGUUAAAGCUGACUUGAUUACAGGAUCUACGCAACCAUCACAAAUUUAUGUUAAUGAAAGUAAUGAUGUACGAUAUGUGCCAGAUAUUUCCUAUCUGAAGAUUAAUGAAUACGGAUUAGAAGUGAAGAGUAAUGCCAAGCCUACGUUUCCAGGAGAGUUCCUCUUGGUGUCUUUGACUGAUUCAUUCCCCUUGGACCCACAUCCAAUGUUUACCACUACUCCUGGGUACGUGAUUGAAAAUCGUGAUUUCCUUGGUGAUGUUAAUUAUGAUUUCCAAAAUUUAUCAACUUUAGAUAAGUUUUUAAAACUGCAUGGGUCUGAUUUAUUUGAUUUCCAUUUAUUGAUUUAUAUUAUCAAAUUACGGAUCUUGAGUCAAGAUGAAUGCGAGUUGUUGAUCAAGUAUGUCAAAGAUAGACAAGAACAAGAUUAUUUACAGUUGAUUGGUAGUGGGGGGUGGAUGUCAUUGUUGACUAUAUUGGAACACAGUACAUAG